AUGGGUAAUUGUUUUCCUGGUGGAACAGCCUCUUUAAUACGUUUGGUCGCUUUUGAUUACGAAGUUAAUGAAAACCAAGUGACUGUUGUAUCGCAGAUUGGUGAUCGUGGUCAAGGAAUAUAUCAAGUAACAAUUCGUGGUAUCACCACUCCUAUCCGGUAUGAUCGCGUGGGCUCCGUUUAUAUGCGCCAUGCCAGUGCACCUCCACUGCCUCACGAAGUUCCUGGUCAAGCUACGCCAACCGGUAAACCAUCAAAUCAUGGAGUCAUUAAAUACGCAGCAGCAGACAAUCAAGUUCCCACUCAGUCUGUCACAAUGAUUAAAAUGAGUGAAGAAAUAGGUUCAGGAACAUAUCAUUUGAAUGUUAAAGGUAACCGAAUGAUUUACAAAAAAAUGGGAACUUCUUUCAUGAAAGCUGGCUCAUUCAUACCUGGUACCAAUACUGUUGUCUAA